AUGAACAAAGAAGAGCCGAAGUUUAACAGAUGUUGUUUCUGUUUCCCACUGCGAUACGGCUUGUUGGUGUGGGCCAAUGUGAAAAUUUCAGUAGCUGCGUUCUUCAUAACUACAACAUCAUAUGCAUUACUCAGCCUAUGUAUGAUGUUCUCUACGUACGGGACUGAGGAGAUGAGGUCGCGUUUCCACAGAGAUGUCGCUCUAACUAGUGUGGGUCUCACUUUCUUUAUACUGGACUUCAUCGGAAAUAUUGUCUUUAUUAUUGGAGGGUAUAAGAAAAAUAUAAGGCUGAUACGAUUCUUCUACUACUACAGUAUAGCCGUGUGGGUGCUUAGUAUAUUGGUGACGGCUUUGGCCAUCAGCUUUUCAAUCGAGGGCUGGUUAGCCAGGUACCUGUUGAUGAAGAUCUAUAUUGUUCACAUACUAAACUACUUUGGUUACUUCAUGAUUAUAGUUGUUCAAACUUACUUCUUACUACUACUAAAGAGUGAGAUUAUAAAAUUCAAAAACGAUGCGUGCAAUCGCGAGAUCAAGUUUGAAAAGGACUCAACUCCAGCAAAACGUAUGAGAAAACGAGACGAUACCGUGGCGGGAAGUGACUCGGAUUCAAUAGAGUCUGAGGUCGUUUAA